AUUUCAGUUUUGCGCAUCGUAACGGGGCGUCUGUAUAUUUUCUAAAAAAAAAAAUUUCCUUUCUAUUCUAAAUUACAUUUUACUUUUAUUCAGUUUUCAGUCAUCAUUGCUGCUGGCGGCGUGUCGACAAAAUUAAAAAAUGACAAUUUCGAUAAUCUAAUUUAUUAUUUGCUAAAAAAACUUUAUAAAUCAAUACAAAAAAAAACAAUUGAAGUUUAUCAUUAUUUAUACUUGAAAAAAAUAUCAAUACAGUGCACCCUAAACAGACAUAAAAAAAAAACAACCCGUCACUUUAUUAUUCGACCUUGAAAUUAUUAAAAAAAAAAAACAAAAUUUUUGAGUAAAUGAAUAUUUUUUUCUACUUUCUAAUGCCACCAUUUUAAAUAUAUUAAUUUGACAAUAUGUAGAUUGUUUUUGUUAUGUUUUUUUUUAUAUUUAAAUUAAAAAAUAAGUGAUGUGAUUUUGUGACAAGGAUCGAAAUGUGUGAUAGGAUAAGAAAAAGCAAGAAGCCGGUGAAGGCUGGACAGAAGCUUGACUAAUCUCUUCAUUAUAACCUAGAGUUGCAGCAGUUUGAAGUACACGUGUGAUCAACGAGAUUUAAAAAAUAAAAAAAAAAAUUGAAAAAAUAAAUAAUAAAAACGUGCUGGAGGGUGAGAGUGAUAGGGGAGAGGGUACUGUGUCAAAAGGUGACAUCAUGGAUUCUCAUCAACAACAAUUUUGUCUAAAAUGGAACAGUUUUGGCAGCAAUUUGGCAACAGCAUUCUCAAAUUUAUUCAAAAGCGAGAGUCUAACUGAUGUGACCCUGUUUUGUGAAGGUGUGACGUUUAAAGCACACAGAUUAAUCUUGGCAGCAUGCAGCAAACAUUUUCAAGAAUUAUUUGAAGGCAUGCCACCAUCACCAGCUGGUCUUAUUGUUAUUCUCGAUGGCACUAGUGCACAAAAUAUGGCGUCAUUACUUGAAUUCAUGUAUAGAGGUGAAGUUCAUGUGUCACAAGAAUCAUUAAGCUCCUUUUUAAAAGCAGCAGAGUGUCUUCAAGUCAAAGGAUUAUCAAUUGAACAUGAAAAAUUAGCAGUAGCACAUCGACAUGCAGCUGAAAAUAAUAAUUCAUCAGUUGAAUCCAGUAAUACAAAUACUGAAGUUUUAGAAGCGGAUGCAACCAAUAACCGGGUAUUAAAAGAAGAAUCAACACCAGUUUCAUCACCAGCACCAAAUUAUGCUGUACCCAACAUGUAUAAUUCGUCUCAUUAUUAUAAUGAGAGUCCUCAAAAGAGAUCAAGGUUGAUGAAAUCACCAAAUGAAAUGGAUGCCCUUGGUCGAGUAAGUGUACUAAGAGAUGGGGCUGCUUUUCGGCCAGCUUCUGCACCACAUCAAUUAUUACUUGAAAAUCAUUUAUAUCAACCGUUUAGUCAUCCUUCAGAAAAUCCAACUCAUCCACAUACUGCACCUCAUACACCCACAGAAUUGGAACGUGAACUUGAACGUGAAAGAUCUGAAGAAAAAAAUAAUGGUGAACAUAAAGAAAGUGUAGCUGAAGAUUUGCGAAUAAAACAAGAGCCAGUAAUGUUAAAUGAUCGUGACAGAACGGAUAAAUUAGCUGAAAGAUUGUCAAAUGAAGUUUAUCCAAGUGGACGUAAUUUUGAUACUGGUAAUUAUGUUAUGCCUAGUGAACAAAAACAUAAUGUAACAUCAUAUAAUCAAAGUAUUGGACCACUUACUCAUCCUCCAACACCUGAUCUAAGUCCAGCACCUACGACACCAGCCAAAUGGAAUUCAAAAAUUAACAAAGCAGGAACAGUCAGUACACCAGACGGUAAAAAGCUCAAAUGUCCAUUUUGUGAUCGUUUAUAUGGAUAUGAAACGAAUCUUCGUGCUCAUGUAAGACAACGUCAUCAGGGAAUAAGAGUGUCAUGUCCAUUUUGCUCACGUACAUUUACAAGAAACAAUACAGUUAGACGACACAUCGCACGUGAACAUAAAAAUGAAAUGAGCAUAAAAGCAUUUCAAACGGCAACUCAUCAAGUUGCUGAUACUGUACCACAAUAAAUAAAUCCCAGUUUACUUAUUCUUGGAUUGGAUACUCAAUUAUAAAGAGACAAAGUAUAAAAAUAUUAUACUUGAAAAGAAAAAAAACAAAAAAAAAACAUUUCAAACAAGAAUAAAAAAAUAAGAGAAGCCGGCUUCCAAAAUAAAAAAUGGAAUAUUCAGCUACUUGAUGAGCCAUAAUUUAAAAAAUUUGGUUCAUAAUCUCUUUAUUGUUUUAUGACCAAGAAUGGUGAUACCUUACUACAGUUACCUGUUGACCUUCCUUCUACUUUUCUCUUUUUUUUUUUUUCGUUUUUAUUAUUUUUUUUUUUUAUGACAAAAAUCUCUCUGAUUUAUUUGCAUAUACGUUUUAUUUAUAUUUAUCUACCUCUUUAUUAAAUACUAUAGAGGUUUUAAAUACCUCAAUAUUUUUCAGGAUGAAAAUAUAAUAAUAUAAGAAAAAUAUUAAAAAAUAUUAUCAAUAGACAUGAUUUAAAAUAGACGUACAAUAUUUGAUGCAAGUAAAAGACAAAAAUGGUAUUUAAAAAUUCAAAUAAUUUUAUUAAAAUAUAAAAAAAAAAAGAAUCUGUUUAUAACUCAGUAUAUUACAAACGACAUUUAUUUUCAAAUAGAUAGAAAACUUGAUUAAUAUUGAUAGGUAAAAAAUAUAACGCUGUUUCAAAGAAAAUAAAAAGAGAAAAAUAAUAAUAAAAUAUAACAAAAUCACAAAACUAGUCAAUGAAAGUGCAACUGUCAAGUAAAAUUUGUUAACUUUUAUUCGAAAAAUUGAUUCGUUUACGUGGGUAUAUAAUAACUAUAUAGUAAAUAAAAAAAAAAGUCAUAGAAAAACUAUAUAAAUUUUUUUUUUCUUUUUUUAUCUUUUUUUUUAAUUGUUAUAAUAUUAUUAAGCUUAGCUGAAAAAUAAUAUAGCAAGCAAACGUUUAAAAAAAGAAAUAAAAAAAAAAAAAAAAAAAAAUUUAAAUAGUUUGAAUGAACUAGUUUAUGAUUAUGAGAUCAUAGGUGUAUGUUAUUGAAUGAUUGAUGAUGCAAGUGACACACAGAGUCUACAUAUUAGUAACUUAAAAAAAAAAAUUGCAAACACAAUAAAACUCAGGUAAUUUGUAAACUUUUAUCUUUAAAUAUUAUUGUCUUCUAUUUUUUUUUUUUGUUUAUAUUUGUUUUCAUAUUUUUUACAUUACCGUAUUAUAAUCUGUGAAAAAUGAUAAUUGUGAUCAAUAAUAAUGAUUACAAAUUGUAAAUAUUCAUAAGUAAAAUAGAAAAAUAAAAAGUGAUUAACGGACUGCUGCAGAUAAAACAAAUAUAGAAAAAAAAAAUAGAAAUAUAAUUUUUAAAAAUUUAUAAUUUCUAUCAAAUAUAUAUGCAAAGUAACAGAAUAAAUAAAUAAAAUUUUUAUAUUAUAUAUAAUACAGAUAGCCGACAACUGCCAUGAUUACAAUAUUCAAUUUUUAUAAGACUAGCAGCAUUUAAAAAUACAUAGUAAAUUUAUAACGAUAAAUGAAAAUACAUAUAUAUAUAUACUGUACGUCCAGUUGAACUGAUCAUGUAGUACUUAGAAAAAUAUAAUGGUGGGCAUAAAAAUAAAAUUACAAAAAAUAGUUUCAUAAAAAAGUGCCAAUUUAAAUAGCAAAAAAAAAAAAAACAAUCAAUCAAUCAACUCAAACAAAAGAGAAAAAAAAAUUGACAGAAGUUCUUUUAUUAUUAUAAAUGAUUAUUAUUAUUUUACUGAAAGAUUAUAAAACUUUUUUAAUUAUAAUUGAUUUCAUUGAUUAAUAUUUCUUUGUAUAUUAUUUUUUUGUUUAUUUUUAAAAAAAUCAGUACUAUUUUUUUUGUUAUAAAUAAUAACAGUGUUUACUAGAAAAUUUAGGAAAUACAGUUAAUUAAAAAUUACACAAAAACAAACAAGUUUUAUUUUAAAUAUUAAAAGUCAUUGUGGUGUUUAAAAUACCAUUGAUUUUUUGUAUCGAAAUAUAUUUUUAAUUGUAUGAUUAACUUAAAGGAUUAUUUGGUUGUCAAGAUAUGAGUAUAAAAAUUUAUGAUUAUUGAAAUAUGUUAUAACAACAGAAAAAUUGUUUUAAUUAUUUAUUUGAUGACUCAUAAAAUAGCCAAGUAGAUUUUUUUUAAUAGUUAAUUGUAUAAUGAAUUUUAAAUGCAAUAGUCAAGUUUUAUAAAUAACGAGUUAUUAAAAAUGAAAAAUAAUAAAAAAAAAAAAUAAAGAUAUAUAAAAAUAGUCAAUUAAAAAUGAGUAAAAAAAAAUAAUGAAUUGAUUGCUUGAAAAAUAAAAUAAAAAUAGAUUGCAAUUUACAGUAAAAAUAGUGGAUAUUUAAAUUUUCUAGAAAUAUUGUGCCUUUAUAUUUUUCAUAUGUCUAAAGAGUAAUUUAACUCAUGCAUUAUCAUAAUCAUUAUAAACACAGUUUAUUUAUUGCCAAUCAGGCUAUAAAAAUAUUGCAAAGUAUUUACAAUUCACAAAUAUAACAUUAAAAAAAAAACUAUAAGCAAUAUCACAUUUUUAAUUUCCAUAAAUAAACAUUAAAUUUUUUGUUUUAAAAUAUUAGUCUAUUAAAGUUAAAUAUCUGCUUUAUAACGAGAUGCCUAUCAUGAGUUUAUCAAAGUCAAUAGAAUAAUAGAAUUUUAUUUAGUGUUUAUACAAGUCACAAGGUGCAACAGAUUUAUUUUUUUUUUUUUUAUACAAAUAAAAUAAAUAUACAAUAAAUACAUAAAGCUGCCAAAUUCAUAAACAAAUAAAUAAUAGAAAAAUAAAUUAGAAUAUGAUAACAAGAACAAAAUGAAAUCUACUACCUCACAUAUAGUUUUUUUUUUUUUUUUCAUCAAAGUACAGGGAACAUUCUGUCAAUCUAAAAAUAAUAUAUAAUAAACUUAGUAAAUUAAUUCAUCAAUACUUGAUUCAAUGAUUAAUUUAACAAUAAAAUUCAAGUAUUUUUGAUUUAAUUUUCAUAUAGAUAAUUGACUUUUAUUAAAUACAUUUUUUAAAUUUCUAAAUAAACUAAAUAUUUCGUCGGUUUAACAAAAUUUAACAUGAUUGUUUUUCAUUAAUUUUUUUUUAUUAUUUUCAAUAAUUAUUCAAGCAAAUAAUAUUAUUUAUAAUUUUGGUAAAUAAUAAAUAUGUGUAAAAAACUAUAUAUUUAAAGAACCAAAUAAAUAAAUAUCAAAUCAUGUUGAUUGCUAACAGAUUCCAUAUACAAUAAUAAAAAAAAAAACAAGAUAAUUGUUUCAUGAAGUUUGCAAAAAUAGAAAAUUUAUUUAAAAAAUACAAAUAGAAAGAAAAAAAGAGUCACAAGUUUGACUUGACGAUAUAGUAUGAAUUAAAUAAAUGUAUAAAUGAGCUGGAUGAAUGAAUAAUUUAGUACUAAUAAUGAAAAGUACAAAUGAAUUUGAUUAUAUAUGCUGAUGACUGUAUUGUGAUUUUAGUAAAAUCCACGUUGUUGAUCUGUGAAUAAUUUUGUGUAUAGCCCACAAAAAAAAAAAAACGUUAUAUGCACGUAAAUAUAC